CUUCUGUUGUGGCACAACAAAGUUGCUUAGUCAAAGAUGAAGUAUUUGGCAUUUGUGCUCUUGGCGGCUACCGUUUGCGCUUCCGAAGUUGAGAAGCGAGAGGCGGAGCCCAGCUAUGGCUAUCGUUCUAGAUACACAAUCCCAUCUUACACAGUAUACAAUACCCACCAAAUCUAUAAGAGAUCAGCAGAGCCUGAAGCGGACGCUGAGCCUUCUUAUCGCCAUGGUCAUGUAAGGCAUUUCGGCGUUCCUGCAAGCUAUACACACUCCGUUCGUAGCUACCAUAAGAGGUCUGCCGAUCCUGAAGCUGAUGCUGGGCCUUCUGUUGCUUACUCUUCCGCAACUUACACCCCAGUUGCACCCGUCUACGCUCCUUACAGCGUUCACGGGUACCACAAGAGGUCUGCUGAAGCUGAUGCUUCUCAUGGAAUCUCUCAUGGAAUCUACAGCCACACUCCCAUUACUUACGGAGGCCACUCCAACCAUGGGCUCUACAAGAGGUCCGCGGACCCUGAAGCUGAGGCUUCCACUGGUUAUCAUUCUGCACCUGUGUAUGGUCCAGUUGUGUCCUACGGCCAUUAUAUCUACAGGAGGUCUGCACACCCAUCUACCCCAUACGCUCCCGUGCACUACAGACCUGUUUCUCUUAAUCAACCCCGAUACUACUAAGCAUGGGAAGGACUGAACGAUUUAGCUGAUAUGGAGCAUCGGUGUGUUCAAUAAAGUUUAAAAUUUC